AUGUUUACAAUUAAUCAUUGGUUUCAUCGAAAUCCGUUAAAAUCAACGGCUCUCGUGUCGUUCGAUCAACGGACAUCGCCAUCAAGUACCGAUGCUAUGCAAAUUUGCCAUCAACUCCGUCAAUUGCGUCUUGAUAUUUUACAAUUACUAUGUAAUCCAACACUUGAAACGUCUCAUAUCCGAGACUCAUUUGACAAAUAUAUAUCGUUAUUAACCGGUUAUGUAGAAUCACCAGAUGGUAGCAGUGAUGAUUCGAAAUUACGUUAUACAACGAAAUUCUAUUGGAGUGAUUCAUUAACAAAAACCGAUCCUAUAACUGAUGUUCAAGAUGCACAAUUUGAAAUAUGUUGUAUGACAUUGAAUGUCGCUAUGUGGUAUACAAAACAUGCUGCAUAUGUUGCAUCAAAAAGUAGCACGCCAAGUGAUAAGGAUGCACUCGAUGUACAUAAAUCACUUCGCAUGGCAGCUGGAAUGUUUAAACAUGUUAUGGAUGUUGAAAUUCGAAAAUUAAAUGAAGUUAAAUUACCACCUUGUUCGGAUAUUAAUGAAAAAAUUAUUGCCGCUUAUUAUUUUAGUUGUAUGGGAGAAUUUCAUGAAAUUACGGCAGCACGAGCAAUGAAUGCAAAACAAGAUAAUAUCUUGAUUUCAAGCAUUAGUAACCAAAUUUCACAAUAUUUUGAAAUGGGAGGUCAACAACUAUCAACAUUAGAUGAGAAAAUUGUUGGGCAAUGGCGUAUGUAUUUUGGUCUUAAGUCAAAAUUUUAUUUAGCUGAAGCACGCGCAUAUCAAGCAUUAGAUUUUCUCAAGAAAAAUGAUGCACCGAAUGCUUUGAAAUCUGCUGAAGAAGCAAGCAAAGUUCAACAGCAAGCAGCUAGUUUUUGUGAGCAAUAUUCUAAAACAAAAGGGGCUGGAUCACCACAACGACAUCCGUUUUUUCUUCAACUCGAUUCAAUGAUUCGUCGUGUUCAAUCAACAGUUGAAUUUGAGAAUAAUAUUAUCCAUCAUAAACGAGCUGCAACUGAUUUACAACCACUUGAAAAUCCAGUUCAUGGCAUUUUACCAGCUGAAGAAUAUAUUCCAGCUAAAUUAAAUAGUUUAUUUUCUGCGAAUACUUACCGAGCAUUUGAUAUUGGUCGAAAUGUGGGCAAACAAUAUAAAGAAGAUAAACAUGCACGUGAAGUAAAAGAAGCUCGUGAAAUGCCCAUACCGCAAGGAAUGCCACCGUCCGAAAGUGCAUGUAUUAUUGCUUGA